CCGCUGCCAAUCCCGGCUCCUUCCCCAGCGCCUCAUUUCCGACUUUUUCACAUGCUAAGUCUUUUAACAACUCCGAGCAGCUUGUUACGGUUUCUAUAGUUAUAGGUUCCCUGUUACUUUACGUCGUUUUUAUUUCUCUCGGCAACUAUUCUAAUAGAUUAAUCAAUGGCCAUUUUCUGACCUUCGGGAUCCCCAGCUGAUGUUGGACGCGCGGGGAAAAAAUAUACAUAUAUAUAUAUAUAUAUAAACACUCGCACAGCUAGCCGGGAAAGCAAAGGCUGGGGCCCGGGUUGUUUGGCUUUGGGGGCAGGGGAGCGCGUGCAAUCAGUGGGUGUUGCCGCCGAAUAAGCACUGAAGCAGGAGGGUUGGGGGUCUUAAGUCCAAUUAGCAAAACGGAGCCGGAUGCGCAUCUCUUACUCGUUAGAGCUAAAAAGAAUAAAAACACAAAGAAAAAACAGAUACUACCAAGCUCUGUCGCCCAGUCCCUUCCUAAGGAGUGUUGGCAAAGGGGACGGGGGAAAGGCAGAAAUGCAGCCGGGUCCGCCUGACGCUCCCAGGCCCACGCCCUCGCUUGCUCACACCCAUCCUUCCGCACUGACACCCACAGGCUCCCUCAACCCCAGCGCAGAGCUCCAGCCUAGGCUGGGGUCCCGGGGCAAGCCAGGGCGCCCUCGGGGGUCCGGGGGACGCUGGCGCACGGUGCGGCGCUGAGUUGAGCGUCCCUCAUCCCUUUGUUGACAAUUCCCUGAACCAACUUGAGUUUGGCCGGCACCGCAGCGGCCCUGACGUCACGCGCGGUCACGUGGCCCCGCCUCCCACUGGAUCUUUAAGUAGAAAGUAAUCUAUCAGGCCAGUCCUUAAAACGGGACUUUCGACUACGGGGGCUUCGGCGUCCCUGACACCCCCUCCCUCGUUGCCCCUGCCCGCGCCCUCCCGAGCUGCUUGGUGCCCGGCGUCCCGCGCCCACCAGCCUGUACCGCUCCUGCUCCCCACGCCCGGUCCAGAGGCUGAGGAAGGCGGGCGAAGUAAGGGGGCGCGGCGUGAAGAAGCGGCCGGGGCUGGCAGCAGCAGCGAGCGCCUAGUACCGAGCGCCAGGGACAGUAGGAGUUUGCGGAGCACGCCCGCGGGGGGCGGCCCGCAGCGCCCGCGCCACGCGAUGCUGCGCCGCCGAGAGUGAGCCAAACCGGGAGGGCCCCGAACCACCUAGGUCCCCCUCCCCUCUCCCAGACCCCCGUCUUUCGGGGACGCUCAAAUCCCCUUCCCCUGAUCUCAACGGCAGCCCCUGACGACCCCCAUCUCCUGCCGCUCCUUCUCCUCCUCUGCCACCAACCCCGAGGAGGGAUGACCCUCUCCGGUGGCGGCAGCGCCAGCGACAUGUCCGGCCAGACGGUGCUGACGGCCGAGGACGUGGACAUCGAUGUGGUGGGCGAGGGCGACGACGGGCUGGAGGAGAAGGAGAGCGACGCGGGCUGUGAUAGCCCCGCGGGGCCGCCGGAGCUGCGCCUGGACGAGGCGGACGAGGUGACGCCGGCGGCACCCCACCACGGGCAGCCUCAGCCACCGCACCAGCAGCCCCUGGCAUUGCCCAAGGAGGCGGCUGGAACAGGGGCCGCGCAAGGGGGCGAGGCGGGCCCUUCCGAGGCCGACGGCUGCAAGGGUGGAGUUGGCGGCGAGGAGGGUGGCGGGAGCAGCGGCGGGCCGGGUUCGGGCAGCAGUGCAGCGGGCGGCUUGGCUCCGAGCAAGCCCAAGAACAGCCUGGUGAAGCCGCCCUACUCGUACAUCGCACUCAUCACUAUGGCUAUCCUGCAGAGCCCGCAGAAGAAGCUGACCCUGAGCGGCAUCUGCGAGUUCAUCAGCAACCGCUUCCCCUACUACCGGGAGAAGUUCCCCGCCUGGCAAAACAGCAUCCGCCACAACCUCUCCCUCAACGACUGCUUCGUCAAAAUCCCCCGCGAACCGGGCAACCCGGGCAAGGGCAACUACUGGACCCUGGACCCGCAGUCCGAGGACAUGUUCGACAACGGCAGCUUCCUGCGGCGCCGGAAACGCUUCAAGCGCCACCAGCAGGAGCACCUGCGCGAGCAGACGGCGCUCAUGAUGCAGAGCUUUGGCGCCUACAGCCUGGCGGCUGCGGCGGGCGCUGCGGGGCCCUAUGGCCGCCCCUAUGGCCUGCACCCCGCGGCCGCGGCCGGCGCCUACUCGCACCCAGCAGCCGCGGCUGCGGCGGCAGCAGCGGCCGCGCUCCAGUACCCGUACGCGCUGCCACCGGUGGCACCUGUGCUGCCGCCCGCGGUGCCGCUGCUGCCCUCGGGCGAGCUGGGCCGCAAAGCGGCCGCCUUCAGCUCGCAGCUCGGCCCCGGCCUGCAGCUGCAGCUUAACAGCCUGGGUGCCGCCGCCGCCGCCGCCGCGGGCACGGCGGGCGCUGCGGGCACCACGGCGUCGCUCAUCAAGUCCGAGCCCAGCGCGCGGCCGUCGUUCAGCAUCGAGAACAUCAUCGGCGGUGGCCCCGCGGCGCCCGGGAGCUCAGCAGUGGGCUCUGGGGGUGGCGGGGUAACUGGGGGCUCCGGGGGCGGCGGGGGCGGCACGGCGCAGUCUUUCCUGCGGCCGCCCGGGACCGUGCAGUCGGCGGCGCUCAUGGCCUCGCACCAGCCGCUGUCAUUGAGCCGGACGACGGCCACCAUCGCGCCUAUCCUAAGCGUUCCGCUCUCUGGACAGUUCCUGCAGCCCGCAGCUUCGGCCGCCGCGGCUGCCGCCGCCGCAGCGCAAGCCAAGUGGCCUGCUCAAUAGGGACGCGCCGGUGGCCGGGUCGCAGGGCCCAGCAGCGGCCCGGGGAGGCGGCUGCACUUCAGGCUGCGCGCCCCGCCCCGGCCCCCCUGCCCAAUCCUGGACUCUGACUAUCCUCCAUUUCCUCCCCCUCCCCGACCCUCAACACCGACCUUCGUCGGCCUGCACCCUCUCGCUCACACCUAGGCUGGCGGCGCGAACUCUCACCGCGAGCCUGCCGGGAUUAGCUUUCCCUACAGGUAAAACCGAAAACUGAAUAUUCCAAAAAUGUGCCCCGACGGCGCCUGCUCUGAGGCGUGGGGAUGGGAGGAAAAUUACUUGUACAUAUUUGUAUAAAAAUUAUUGACUUUCCUUUUGGGGUUUUUAUUUUUUUAAGAAAAAACAAAUUCAGUAGAUUAGAGCUCUGAACUUUCAUUUUUUUGAAGGUUCACUCUCCGCAGUUUUAUGUGAGAAAAAAAAUGUAUAGAGACGUUGGGAGAUUUUAAAUAUAAAAAAAUUUUCAGAAGGCGAAAAGUGUCAUUCUAUUAUAAAAGUCUGUUUAUAUAUGGAUGAAUAUAUAUGGUAUUCUAAAUGUUAUUCCAUCGUGUUGUACAAAACUUUGUAAAUAAAUUUUUUAAAUGUCAUCCUAAUUUUUAUUUAGCUGUCUGAGGCAAAUGACAAGAUUUAAAAAUGGUAUUUGCAUUUAUCUUUUACAGAAAUUUGAGUUUUAAGUAAUGACCUUUUCAAACUUAGCUAAUUCGUAAUCUGAGUCUAAGAUAAAUUUAAUUGGAGGAAGGAAAGUAUAUGCCUAAUUUAAAUCACAUUAAUAUAUUUAUUUUAACUUUUUACAUAAAAUCGGGAUGUGGACCAUGAUAUUGUUAGAUCAAUCCAUUUAAUGUAAUGACCAGAUAUUUAUGUAAAUAAAAUAAGCUGCCAUUAGAACAAACAAAAACCCUCUAAGUCUAAACAACAGCACAAUCUAUUAUUUUUACAAAAAAUACCAAACUGUCUUCCACAAUGAAAUCUUCCUAAA